GUCCUUCAUAAUUCUCUUAUUUUCAAGUUCUAUUAAUACUGAACAUUCUUCAAUUCUUCUUUUUCAAGCAGCAAAAAAAAAACUUCUUUCUUCUUCUUCUUCUUCUUCUUCUAUAAUAUCCGGAGAUAUAUAUACUGGCUUCCUAUAUGGAGAAAUAUCAAAUGUUCUUUCCUUGUUCCUCGUCUUCAAUGGCAAGUUCUCAAGCGUUGAUUAGUAGCUUUGAUCAUGGUUAUCAAGAUCAGCCAAAUGGGCUUUUCGGGUUGAGGACAGAUGAUCAUCAUCAUCUUCAUCAUCAUCAAAACCAUGUCAUGAUCAGAUCAAAUGAAUUAGAUCGUGAUCAUCACAUGAUCAAUUCUACUGAUCAAAAUGGUAUUAAUAAUGAUGGAGAUCAUGAGGGAAAGUCAUCAUCGGCUGGCAAAAUUAAGAAGGGAGACAAGAAGAUGAGAAAGCCCAAAUACGCUUUCCAAACAAGAAGUCAGGUUGAUAUACUUGACGAUGGCUAUCGAUGGAGGAAGUACGGCCAAAAGGCUGUCAAAAACAACAAAUUUCCCAGGAGUUACUACAGGUGUACACAUCAAGGGUGCAAUGUAAAGAAGCAAGUCCAACGCCUAACCAAGGAUGAAGGUGUUGUGGUGACUACUUAUGAAGGCAUGCACACUCACCCAAUCGAGAAGCAUACUGACAAUUUUGAGCACAUCUUGAAUCAGAUGCAAAUUUACACUCCCUUUUAAAUUACAAGUUAAUUGUCAUUUCUAUGUAGUUCUAGCAGUAAGCUGCUCCUGUAAAAUAUAUCUACUUAUCUAUCUAUAUAAAUAUAUAUGUAUAUAUAUAUAGUAGUGUUAGGGACACCCAACUCUAAUCUUAACUAUUUUG